AUGUUCUUUGUUAAGCAUGCGCCAUCCAUCACUGCUCCAUCAGUUACGCAAUUCAAGCCACCCACGCCUGCCAGACUACCCAAGUCCCAUGUUCAUGUCACCUUCAGUGUGUCAAGGAAUGACAGGAUCAAAAUACGUUUUUCUCCUUACCACGGUGCUGUUACCGAAGCAAUCAAAACAAUGCGAUCACGUACUUAUGAUGCAAACGAUCGCACAUGGAGCAUAUCUCUUUCCGACUUGAAGGCUUGCGAAAAAACACUCAAAAACCUAACGGAGGUGGACGUUUCAAUAGAGUCGGUUCCCGAUAACGUGAUUAAGCUACUCACAGACGACUCAUCUUUAAAACAUCCCGUGCCUUCCGAUUUGUCUUUGAUUAUGGAUCCAGCCCUGAUUGAAUGCUUGUUUCCUUUCCAGAAAAGAGUUGUGUUUGCUUUUUGUGAAAUAUACUGUGGGCGUCUUCUAUUAGCCGACGAAAUGGGUUUAGGAAAAUCGGUUCAAGCGCUCACAUUGGCACGAUAUUACAAAUCAGAAUGGCCUCUGUUGAUCAUUUGUCCUUCCUCUGUUAAAACCGCAUGGAAAACGCAAAUCAAUAAGUUCUUACCUGCGAUUCAAAAAAUUUUUCUUAUGGAAAAAGGUUCCGAUCCUCUUCCAACGGCAAGGACGUCAAAUACGAAUUAUUCAAUAAUUUCAUCAUCGUGUGCAAAUGAAUUUACCCUUCUUAUGACUGAUUUUCAGGAUGAAUCUCAUCUAUUGAAAGAUACGAAAGCCAAACGAACCCAGGUGGCACACGCUUUAGCGAAGCGUGCAACACGGGUAAUUCUCCUUUCGGGUACUCCUGCCCUGUCUCGUCCAGCUGAAUUGUUUUCUCAAGUAAGACUUGUGAACGAUCGACUCUUUCCAAAUUUUCAACAAUUUGCUAUUCGGUACUGCGAUGGAAAGCAAGGACGCUUUUGUUUUGAGGCGAAAGGUUGUACCAAUAGUGAGGAACUAAGCGCGAUUCUUUCUAAACGAGUGAUGAUUCGUCGCCUUAAGAAAGAUGUACUCACUGAUUUGCCUGAUAAGCGUAGAGAGGUUGUAUACUUAUCGGGUGACAAGAUUGACACUUGUAUGGAUAGCCUGAAAAAAGCGAAAAUGGCAGAUGGGCGAAAUGGUAGAGGUUGUGACGAUUCCUUACUGGAGUAUUACAGCCUCACUGGUAUAGUGAAGGCAUCCGCUGUGUGCUCGCACAUCCUUGAUAACUAUUUUUAUCCGGAUGCGCCAAAGAGGAAAGUGCUUAUUUUCGCUCACCAUCAAAUUGUCUUGGACACAGUCCAAGUCGAGGUCCAAAAAAGGAACCUGAAAUCGAUUCGAAUAGAUGGACAGACGUCAUCGAAAGAUCGUGGAGUUUUGUGCCACGAUUUUCAGGAAGAUCCUGAUGUGCAAGUCGCUAUCCUGUCCAUGACUGCAGCUGGCGUUGGAAUAACACUUACGGCGGCAUCCGUUGUUAUAUUUGCCGAACUGCAUUGGAAUCCUACAACACUGCAGCAGGCAGAGGAUCGUGCUCACCGCGUGGGGCAGAAAGACAGUGUUUUCGUACAGUAUUUGGUUGCAAGGAAUACCGCUGAUGAUGUUAUUUGGCCCCUUAUUCAGCACAAACUCGACGAUCUCGGCAAGGUAGGUGUAUUGUAUUAA